AUGAGAAAUCAUGUCGAACCUAAAUAAACAUCCACCAGAAAUUAAACCGUCCACCGAAAAGAUACCGGACGAAUACGAUUUCGGAAAAGCUUCCGUCCAUAUUUUCGUGCCGAAAGAUCAAUUGUUCAAGAAACUAGUCGACACGUUCAAGGAAGCCAUGAAGCAUUGCCGUUUCGAUGUACCAGAUGAAAACGUGCAUCCCAUCAAGAGUAAACAGGAUCUCGAAGAUAUCUUCAGCAACAUCAAAACGUCCGACAAUGACGAUAAGUCGUCUUUGAUCAUCGGUUUUUUUGGCGAAUCGACGGACAACGGCAUUUAUUUGGAGAACAACGAGAUAAUCAAAAUCAAAGAUAUUUCCUCUCCGUUCGUGUUCGCUUUCAGGAACAAACCUAGACUGUUCUUCGUGCAGGGAACAAGGAGACCAUCUCACAGUCCUAAAACGGACAGCGUGUGCAAAACGGACAUCAAGUUUGACGCUCCGCUGGAAGCGGAUCAGCUCAUCGUUUUCAAUACAGUUGAUCCAUACGACGAUAUAAACACGUUCAUGAGGAACAUCGCGUACAAUAUCGAGAACAACGGGGAGAGAGACGACGUCUUCGACAUCAUCAUGUUCUCCGAAACGUCGGACAAGCUGAGGCCGUUGUUCUUGUCGACGUUGCGUAAGAAAUUCUACUUCAAGCAGUCUCCAUACAGGGGAUACGAUUACGAAUUCAUGAAGGCCUUGGAGAUAAAAACGAAUCCGUCCAUCGUUGUGUACGAUUCGUCGGUAGACAACGGUAUUUCGGAGAUGCUGGAUGAACCAAAUAAGGGCAAGUACAACCGUUCGUUGCCGUCUCUGAACGAGAAAUCUUCAGAUUCGAAAUCGCGAAUCUACGAUAGAAAGAUCAGCUUCACGGGAAUCGAUCCACCGAGAUCGCGCAGCAAUUCUGUCCAGAAGCCUAAGAAACCUGCAUGGAAGCCAUAAUCGGAUCAAAGUCUACAAUAUUUAAUCAACGACAUUCUCAGCUAUAGUUCUGAUCUUAAUAUAUUUAGCUCUAAUGUAUUUAUUGUUAUAAUAAGUUAA